CUUUGAGCAGAGAAGAAGUCUCAGCACCCUCGGCUCCGAGCCCAAACCUCAUCUGCACCCUGAAUGAUGUCAGGAAACUUCAGAUCAGCGUCUGUUGGAUGGGUGGUGUUGGUCUGUCUGGUGCCGUGCAGGACACUGACCAGUACAGACGCAGCACCCAUCUGCACCAAUGCCCAAGCUGGAUGCCACGUCCUGUCCCUGGCUAACCUGUUUGAGCGGGUCAUCCAGCACUCAGCCAGGAUGCACGGCAUUUCAAGCGACCUCCACUCCGAGUUUGAGCAAUACUUCCUGCCCAGUAAGAAUCAAAUUGGUCGGGUCGGUCGCAACUGUCACACGUCCGCUAUCCUCACACCAAAUGGCAAGGAGAACGCUCAGAGAAUGGCGAGAGAGGAGCUGACAGAGGUGAUUCUGAAGCUGCUGGUGGCGUGGAGAGACCCUCUGUGGCAUUUCCACCAGAACAUGGCUCACCACCAACACGACUUCGCCACCUUCAGCUCAGACAAAGCCCUCGAGAUGAGCGACAUGGUGCACGAGCUGCGCAAAGGCGUCGAGAAAGUGGCCGAGAAGAUGCAGCUCUUGGGCAUGAUGAGUGACUCUGUCAGCAGCCAAGCAUCUUCUGAAGCCCUGUUGCCGCCUGACAGUGCCGAGUGGCGGCUGAUGAAAGAAUAUGACCUCCUCUACUGCUUCCGCCGAGACUCCAACAAGGUCCAGAACUACCUGAAGAUCCUCCAGUGUCGCAUUGUUCCCGAGCAUGGAUGCUAAAGGCCCCCGGAAAACUGAAACUUACAAACAAAAAUCCCAAAUGCACUGAAAAAGCAAGUGCUUCAGUUCUGUAACGACACAGAUAAAGCUGUAGCUCUUGUUGUGAUUUAUUUGCAUGGCAUUACACACAUACCGCAUGUUCACUCCUAUCAUGAAGUGCUACUGUAACCGCCUCA